GAGGGCACCGAGUGGUGCGCGAGUCGCGGCGCGCCAAGUUCUGGGUUCCGGACUCACACGCAGGUGUCACGUGGCGGGCACGCAGUCGGGCGCGGGUCUGCGGGUCCCAGAGUGGCAGCGGCGGCAGCAGCGUGGGGCUUCGGAGUCUCCCGGCUGGUGUGCGGGACACUGUUCCGGUAGGUGGGCGGCCUCGGGUGCCAACACCUUGGUGUCCCCAAGGCUUUCGGAGCGCUUUGUUGUGUGCGCCUUGCCGCCACGCUUCCCCCGCGUCACUUAGAAGCCGGAAAAGGCAACUUGGAACCAGUGCAAUGACGACUCAAGUCAGUGGGGCUCACAAGGAUGCUGACCUGUGGUCCUCGCACGAGAAGAUGCUGGCGCAGCCCCUGAAAGACUGCGACACCGAGGUUUACAGCAUCAUCCAGAAGGAGCAUAACCGGCAGAGGGUCGGGCUGGAGCUGAUCGCCUCAGAGAAUUUCGCCAGCCGAGCAGUUCUGGAAGCUCUAGGCUCUUGCUUAAAUAACAAGUACUCUGAAGGGUACCCAGGGCAGAGGUAUUAUGGCGGGACCGAGUUCAUCGAUGAGCUGGAAAUCCUCUGUCAGAAGCGAGCGCUGCAGGUCUAUGAUCUGGACCCCGAGUGCUGGGGGGUCAAUGUCCAGCCCUACUCAGGCUCUCCGGCAAACUUCGCCGUGUACACCGCCCUGGUGGAACCCCACGGGCGCAUCAUGGGCCUGGACCUGCCCGAUGGGGGACAUCUGACCCACGGGUUCAUGACAGACAAGAAGAAAAUCUCUGCUACGUCCAUCUUCUUUGAAUCUAUGCCCUAUAAGGUGAACCCAGACACCGGCUACAUCAACUAUGACCAGCUGGAGGAAAACGCCCGCCUCUUCCACCCGAAGCUGAUCAUCGCAGGAACCAGCUGCUACUCCCGGAACCUGGAUUACGCUCGGCUGCGGAAGAUCGCGGAUGACAACGGGGCCUAUCUCAUGGCCGACAUGGCGCACAUCAGCGGGCUGGUGGCCGCCGGCGUGGUGCCCUCCCCGUUUGAGCACUGCCACGUGGUGUCCACCACCACCCACAAGACGCUGAGGGGCUGCCGCGCCGGCAUGAUCUUCUAUAGGAGAGGAGUGCGCAGCGUGGAUCCCAAGACCGGCAAAGAGACGCUGUACAACCUGGAGUCGCUCAUCAACUCCGCCGUGUUCCCAGGCCUGCAGGGAGGUCCCCACAACCACGCCAUUGCUGGUAAAAUGUCACCAAACCCCACCCAGAGCCCUUGGGUGGCACUUGGCGGUGCACCCUCCCCUAUGGUGGCCCCAUGCAAGCUAUGGGUUCUCCUAACUUGGCUCCUCCGUGGUUCCUAAGUCCCAUCUCACAUGUCCACCCCAGGCGUGUACCAGGACCUGCAUGCUGGGGAGAAACUAGAACGACGUCUCUGUCCAGGAGAC